GUCCGCGCUUGCGCCACUUCCGCCAGGCCGGGGCGCCGCCUCCCUGCCUCCCUCCCCGCCUCCCUUCUCCGAGGGUCUUAAGCCCAGGCCUCGGGCCCCAGCCCCGCGGGUCCUUUGGGGGGGCGGGGAGCGGCGCGGAUGAGCGGGCCCUGUCCCCGGGCCCCCGAGGAAGGAGCCUCCACGUCUGCGAGUCGGCCCGAGAGCCCCAUGGCCUCUGCUUCCCGCCGGCAACGCCGAGAGCGGCGCUUCCGCCGGUACCUGUCGGCGGGGCGGCUGGUGCGAGCCCAGGCUCUCCUCCAGCGACACCCGGGCCUCGACGUGGACGCCGGGCAGCCCCCUCCCCUGCACAGGGCCUGCGCCCGCCACGAUGCCCCAGCCCUGUGCCUGCUGCUGCGACUCGGGGCUGACCCUGCCCACCAGGACCGCCACGGCGACACGGCGCUGCACGCUGCUGCCCGCCAGGGCCCCGGCGCGUACACAGACUUCUUCCUGCCGCUGCUGAGUCGAUGCCCCUCCGCCAUGGGGAUAAAGAAUAAGGAUGGGGAGACGCCCGGGCAGAUUCUGGGCUGGGGACCCCCCUGGGAUUCUGCUGAAGAGGAAGAGGAUGAGGAGGUCUCCAAGGAGCAGGAAUGGCAGCAGAAGCUGCAGGGCGAGCUGGAGGAUGAGUGGCAGGAGGUCAUCGGGAGGUUUGAAGAGGAUGCCUCCCAUGAGAUGCAGGAACCCGAGUCCUUCUCAGCCUGGUCAGACCGCCUGGCUCGAGAGCAUGCCCAGAAACGGCGGCGGCAGCUGGAGACAGAGAGGUCCGGCCGAACCCAAAGGGCUGAGGGCUCGAGUCACAGCUGGCGGCAGCAAGAGGAGGAACAGAGGCUUUUCCGAGAGCGAGCGCGGGCCAAGGAGGAGGAACUGCGUGAGAGCCGAGCCAGGAGGGCUCGAGAGGCUCAAGUGGACAGAGGGACGGGGCCUCCCAGGCCUGGGCCCAGGGCAGAGCACCCGCGAGGGGCAGGGAGGGGCAGCCUCUGGCGCUUCGGUGAUGUGCCCUGGCCAUGCCCUGGCGGAGGGGACCCAGAGGCCAUGGCUGCAGCCUUGGUGGCCAGAGGCCCCCCUCUGGAGGAACAGGGGGCUCUGAGGAGGUACUUGAGAGUCCAGCAGGUCCGCUGGCACCCUGACCGCUUCCUGCAGAGGUUCCGGAGCCAGAUUGAGACCUGGGAGCUGGGCCGUGUGAUGGGAACUGUGACCGCCCUUUCUCAGGCCCUGAACCGCCAUGCAGAAGCCCUCAAGUGACCUAGGGGAUGAGCAAGACCCUGUGGGGAUGUCGCCAGGGAGAGGUGGAAGGUCGUGGAUGGGGAUGGAUAAGAGGCAGCUUAGCUGCUGCUCAGAGAGGAUCUGGGGCAGGCUCACGUAAUGGGUGCGGGGGUGGGUGGGGAGGCUCUACCACUGCUCUCGACUCUGCCAUUUCCUAAUAAGACCUGGUUCCACAUCUCA